GGAGCAUCCGGUCGGUCUGCAGCUGCCGCCGCGCAGUGAGAUAAGCUUGGUUCGGCGGAGGAGACGCGGCCUGCUAGGUGGUCCUCAGCCCCGCAGACGUUGGGUCAACAAGGAAACUGAGUCCGCUUGACCAGAAGAGAAUUGAAGACAAAGUCACCAUGGCUGCAGUAUCUACUGAUGGAAACCAAGACAAAGCUCCCCAUUUGCCACCACUUAGCAAGCAGAGUCUGUUGUUUUGUCCAAAAUCAAAGCUGCACAUCCACAGAGCAGAGAUUUCAAAGAUAAUCCGGGAAUGUCAAGAGGAAAGUUUCUGGAAGAGAGCUCUGCCUUUUUCUCUUGUAAGCAUGCUUGUCACCCAAGGGCUGGUCCACCAAGGUUAUUUGGCAGCUAACCCAAGGUUUGGAUCAUUGCCUAAAGUUGCACUUGCUGGUAUCUUGGGAUUUGGCCUUGGAAAGGCAUCGUACAUAAGAGUGUGCCAGAGUAAAUUCCAUUCCUUUGAAGGUCAGCUGCGUGGCGCUGGUUUUGGUCCAGGGCAUAACAGGCACUGCCUGCUUACCUGUGAGGAAUGUAAAAUAAAGCAUGGAUUAAGUGAGGAGGGAAGUUCACAGCCCUCAGCUUCCUAAAUACUGUCUAUGGGUUUUGAAGUUUCUAAAAAUCUCUGAAUUUUUACACCUCUAAAAUGUCAAGUAUACUUUAAAAUAAUAUACUUAUAAUGGAACAGAAACAUUGUGAUUCUCUCUCCUGAAAUGCUUUCCUGUUGAUUCUCAAUUGAUCAUUACAUGUUUUUCUGCUAUUUAAGACUAUCUUGGGAAUAUUCACACACCAAAAGAAAUUAUGUUGCAGUUUAACUUGCUUACAGCUAAGUAAAAGAAUUUAAUUAAAAAGAUGCGGUGCAUAUACAUGGUGGAAUACUACUCAGCCAUAAAAAAGAAUGAAAGAAUGCCAUUUGCAGCAACAUGGAUGCAACUAGAGAUUCUUAUACUGAGUGAAGUAGUUCAGAAUGAGAAAGACAAAUACCAUUAUUUGUGAAAUCUAAUAUAUGGCACAAAUGAACCUAUCUAUAGAACAGAAGCAGAUUCGCAGACAUGGAGAAGAGACUUGUGGUUGCCAAGGGGAAGGGGGAGGAAGUGGGAUGGGCUGGGAGUUUGAGAUUAGUAGAUGCAUACUGUUACAUUUAGAAUGGCUAAGCAAUGAGGUCCUAUUGUACAGCACGGGGAACUAUACCCAAUCCCUUGUGAUAGAACAUAAUGGAAGAUAAUAUGAGGAAACGAAUGUGUAUAUAUGUACAACUGGGUCACUUUGCUGUACAGCAGAAGUUGACGCAAUGGUGUAUAUCGACUGCGCUUUAAUAAAAAAUUGAAAAAGAA